CCUUAACUUUUAGGGUCUUCCUUUGGGAAGCUGCAAAACCGCCCGCCGGCUGUAAAACAUUUUAUGUGAAACCUGAGUGAAACUCAAGGAUUGCAUUGAAAGAUUACGCAUACACGGUCACAAAAAUACCUUCUGUACCAUACCCGACUGGAGGCUGCAGUUUCAAUAGCGUAAAUCGGUGGGGGUCUGACUAUUUCAACCGUAACGUGACCAAAAUGGAAAAAAAUUAUCUUGUUGAAAGAUUUGAGACGUUCCACUCCUGCCUCCUUAAUUUUGGAAUCCACUAAUCAUGAGAUUUCUCACUCUAGCAGGUUUGUUCCUGACCUUGUGCCACAUAGGUACUUCCUCUCAACUUGUGUGCUACUUCACCAACUGGUCCCAGUACAGACCUGGUGCAGGAAAGUACACGCCUGAUAAUGUUGACCCACACCUGUGCACACACCUGAUUUAUGCUUUUUCCGUCAUCAACCCGGCUAACGAGCUUGUCACUUACGAAUGGAACGAUGAGACUCUCUACAAGUCCUUCAAUGGACUCAAAGACAGAAAUGCUGGUCUUAAAACACUUCUGGCAGUUGGUGGAUGGAACUUUGGCACUCAACAGUUUACUACGAUGGUGUCGACCCCAGCCAACAGACAGAAGUUUAUCCAGUCCUCCAUCAUCUUCCUGAGGAAACAUGGUUUUGAUGGUUUGGAUCUGGACUGGGAGUACCCUGGAGCUCGAGGGAGCCCCCCAGAAGACAAGCAGAGAUUCACUCUGCUGUGUCAGGAGCUCCUAAAGGCCUAUGAGGCAGAGGGCACUUUGACUGGACGGCCCAGACUGAUGGUCACUGCAGCGGUGGCUGCUGGAAAAGGAACCGUUAAUGCUGGUUAUGAAAUAGCAGAAAUUGCAAAGUAUCUAGACUUCAUUAGUGUGAUGACCUAUGAUUUUCACGGCAACUGGGAGAGUGUAACAGGACACAACAGCCCCCUAUACCAGGGUUCCCAUGACACAGGAGAUCUAAUCUUCUUUAACACAGAUUUUGCCAUGAAGUACUGGCGAGACCAAGGAGUCCCUGUGGAAAAGCUGAGAAUGGGCUUUGCUACCUACGGGCGGACAUUUAACCUUGCUUCUGGAGCCAGCGGUGUUGGAGUCCCAACCAGCGGUCCUGCUGCAGCUGGGAUGUUCACCAGGGAGGCUGGCUUCUGGUCCUACUAUGAGAUCUGCACGUUCCUUCCAGGAAGCACUACCCAGUGGAUUGAUAGCCAGAAGGUUCCCUAUGCUACUAAGAGAAAUGAGUGGGUGGGAUUUGACAACAAAGAGAGCUUUGAGACCAAGGUUCGUUACAUGAAAGACAACAAGUUUGGAGGAGCUUUUGUCUGGGCUCUGGACCUUGAUGACUUUACUGGACAGUUCUGUGGACAGGGGAACUAUCCCCUCAUCAGGCAUCUCAAGGGACUCCUUGAUACUGGAGUCCCUCCACUGCAAUCUACAACCACCCUAGAGCCAGGGGCACAGACUCCAGACAAGGCAACUGCUACCAGUAAGCCAGGGGAACAGACUCCAGACAAGGCAUUAAGCGAGGAGUUCUGUGUGGGCCGGCCUGGUGGGCUGUAUCCAAAGCCUGAUGCUCCAGGGUCUUUCUACCGAUGUGCCAACGACAUCACCUGGGUUCAAAACUGCCCGGCUGGCCUUGUUUUCGAUGACAGCUGUAAGUGUUGCAAUUGGCUCAACUUGAACACAAUUCUUUUUACAACAUGAAGCCUCAGCUGCAAUAGUGAGCAUUCAGUGUUUCCCACACAUAGACUAAUGUGUGGCGGUGCGCCACAGAAUCAACACCGGCCGCCACAUAUUGCGUUUCGUAAAAAAACAUUUUUUAAUCGCUAUUUAGGUUAAAACACGCAGCGUAUUCGUUCAGCUGCAUUUCCUUUCCCCUGCUCUCCCUCCGUCUCUGUCACUCAUGCGUCUUUCUCACAUAUGCACAGUCACAACGUUAGCAACAAUGCAUACAUAUGCCGUUCUAGUAAGACCGACUGCAAUAUCAGCUAGCCUUCAGCAUUAGUGCCGUAGCUAUAAGUCGAGGAAAGUUGAGGUUACUUUUCGCUAGGUACCUUACUCACAUUUACAUUUAGUCAUUUAGCAGACGCUCUUAUCCAGAGUGACUUGCAGUACUCGAAGUUUCCCCUUCGGUCUUUUGGUGAGAAGUCUCAAGAGCUAGCUACUUACCCGGCGUCAUGGAGCCGACCUGUUAAAUAGUUGUUUAGCACUAGCGUUGCUACAUGCAUAAUUCAGAAAUGAUAUGUUAGUUGUUGUAAAUUUUGUGAAGGUGUGAAUCAUUUUGGAUUAAUAUUUAAUGUAACAAAUUAUUAACGAAUUGUUAACCCCCCCCCCCCCGUCUGACAACCCCCACCCCUCCCCGCCACAAUUAGAUUUCGAAUCUGUGGGAAACACUGGCAUUAUUCUACAUAUCUUUGUCUUAUGCUUUUUUUAAAUGGUUACUUUUGCUAUUAUUGAUUAUACAAUGGCUUCAUGUAUACUUUAAGCUUCAUACUACUCCUGAAUCAAUUACGUAUUUGAUUGGCAUGUGAAUAAAAUAAAAACUGUUCUUCGCU